AUGGUGGAGAAGUUAGAUCCGAAGGAAUCAAGAUCGGGACGGGCGGAUGCCCCGGAUUCUGUCACCGCUCGCCGCGAAAGGGGCAAACUCGCUCAAAGGGCAUUCAGACAAAGGCAAAUCGACACAAUUCGGAGUUUGGAGGGCGAAAACCAGAGACUACGGAAGGCAAUUUCCGAUAUAAGUGUCGCCGCACGUCAAAGCGAUGUGGCGCUGUCGCUAGCUAUCUCGUCUGCCUGUGGAGUGGCAGGUCUUCCGACCUCCGAGACGGAUGAUCAACCGGCCUUGACCAAUUCAGAAGACUCCGGAUGGUCUUCUAAUGAUGAUGCGGUCAACGUAGCACCGGUAUCAUCGGAUGCUGUUUCUUCUGAUUACGACAACAUCUUCAAAUACCUGAUUCCCUCCUUCGAUGACAAGGAGGUAGUUGACGAAUGGUCCCAAUUCUUCCCUACCGGGGAUUCAGAGACGUAUGUCUCGCCCACUAACCUGGAGAUAUUUGAUAGUGGGAUAGACAUGACUCCUCCACCAAUUCAAUUAGCUCUCGGACCGCCAUUAAAUACUGUAGAUAUCUCGCAAUAUACGUUCGAGCCAGACAGAGCUAUUCAUCUUACCAACCCCCCACCAGAUAUCGUACCAUACAUGGGCGAGGGAGCCUAUACCCUAGCGGGCCAAAUAUACUGGACCGCUAUGGCGUUCGGUUUCCAAGCCAUCAAAGCUAUCAUCUCAACCUCAACGCCACCACCAGCAGCCGUCAACACUGUUUCCGAUAUUUUCACACAUACACUAAAACACAUACCUUUACCAAAGUUAAUGUACCUAAUGCACGCGCGCCUCGCCUUCCGACGAUACGGCUACUUCCACCUCGCCAGCGACGAGAACUGGGAAGCGAUCAAGUCCUUCCUCGACCCAACCGGCCCCGCCAAAAUCCACGCCGCCCUCUCGGACUCUUUGCAAAAGUCCGGGGUCCGCAAAGACGACUUCCUGACGCCUCUCACCGUCGAACAGCGCCUGCGCGACCGCUUUCAAGACGCGUAUCCCGUGUUCGAGGCCGCGCUGCGGGGGCGCGCGGUCGCGGCUGAGCAUGUGGCGUGCAUGCGCCAGCUGAUGCGUGUGGUGUCGCGACAGUCGCUGUGUUUUGGGGAUGGACCGCGUUGGAGACCUGAGAGUGUGGAUGCGCUGGCUGCGGCUUGGGAGAGGAGUGUUGGGGUUGGGGUUGGGGUUUUUUAG